AUGGAUAAAAAAAGAAAAAGCAAAUUUUUUUUUUUUUUUUUAUUUUAUAUUUGUGUUUGUAACAAUAAUUUUGUAAGAAAUGUUAAUGAGAAUUAUGAUAAAUUAAAAAAUGAAUGUAAAAAUAUUUUACCAUUUUAUUUAAAUAAUCCACAACAUUCUAAUUUAUUAAACGAAAUUAAUAUAUCAAAUAAUUAUUCUAUAAGAUGGAAUGUUAAUUAUUUAUAUUUUGAGUAUUUUAAUAAUGAAAUUUUUAUAAAUUUUUAUUUACAUAGCACAUAUAUAAAAAAUGUAGAAUUAUACGAAUACACUCACAAAAAUGUGUUAAUUACAAAAAAAGACGCUAUUAAUAAUGAAAUUAAAUUUAUAAAAAUUAUUGAAUUCGAUAAAAGUAUGAAUGAAAAUAAAAAGAGAACUUUUUAUUUUGUUAUCAAUACCUCAUAUAUUCCAAAUAAUGAUAUUUGUGUAAAUAUAAUACUUGAAAUGAAUAUAAGAACCAUAGAUAACCUAAAGGAUAAAAAAAUAAAAACAAAAAAAAAUAAAUUACCACUUCACAAUAAAAAUUAUAUUAUAAUUAAAGAUAAUUAUUAUUAUGUAUCAAACGAUGAUUAUAAUUUUAAUAUAAAUGAAACAGAUGAUUAUUAUAUGGAUGAUAAAUAUAAUAAAAUUGUAAUUAUUUAUAGUAUUUUGUUUUUCAUUGAUUUUAAUAAACAUACUAAUAUAACUUUUUUUUCUCUUUUAACUCAUGAUGUAAAAAAUUUUAAAAAUAUAUUUUUUGAAUUAAAAAAAGUUAAAUUAAGUAAAAGUUACUUACAUAAUAUGAGCAUAGAAAGAAUAUUAAAAUAUGCAUAUGAUGAUAAAACAUGUAAUGACAAAUGUAUAGAGAGUAAACAUACAAAAAAUGGAAUAUUUUUGCAUACUUUAUUAGAGAAUAAUUAUGUAUAUAAGUUUCAAAUUAAAUAUAAAAUAGAUAGUAAUAAAGAAGAAAAUAUUACAACUAAUUAUAACGAAUAUAUACAUUUUAAUUUAGAAUAUUCAAUUAUUCAUAAUUCAAACGACUAUAGCUUUGUUGAUUAUAUAAGAGAACGUUUUGAUGAAUGUAUUCAUAACUCCUUUUUACCAAAUAAAAUUAUUCAAACGAAAGAAGAAAGUAUGUCAUCUAUUUUUUCAAAUAAAAAAUGUUAUGAAAAUAAAAAUAAUUGUAGUUUAUCUGAGAUUGAUGAAUUUAUAAUAUAUGGUAAAAUAAUUGAAUUAAAUGAUAAUUUCAUUUUAAAUUUUGACUCUGUUAACUUAUUUGAAGAAGAUCAAAAAAUAAACAUAAUAAUUAAUGAAGAUUCAUUGUUUAAUUUUAGUUUAACUUCUAAAUCAGAAAAUAUAUAUAUAAAUCUAUUAAAGAAAAAUGACUUUGAAAAUGUUUGUAAUACAUACUAUUUAAAUAAUAUAAACGAUUAUAAUUUAUAUGAUUAUAUAAAAAAAGAUAAAACUAAUUUCUUAUAUAAGCAUUUUAAUGAUACUUUUCAUAAUGAAAAAGAGGAAACACACAACUUAAAAAUAUUUCCUCUAGAAAAUAUUAUAUAUAUAAAUUGUGUAUUAAAAAAAGGAGAAUACGAUUUAAGGAUAACUGUAGAAAGUUUUAAUAUGAUAUGUAGUACAAAUGAGAUCAAUUUAUUAAUUCAUCCAUUGCAAAUAUAUGAAGAAAAACACAAAUGUGACCGUAUGAAUGAAAUUACUGAACUGUUUUAUUAUCAUUUAAAUAAAGAGAAUAAAGAAGAAAUAAAUAAGAGUUUGGAUGAUGACGAUUAUUCUUUAAAUAAAUCAGAGUUUAAAACUUACUACAAUUUAUAUGAAAAAAAGUGGAUAUUAAAUAAUCCAUUUUUACAUGAUUAUGAUUUUAUAGUUCUUUAUGAGAGAAAUAUAAUUGAAAAUAUUGAUGAGUUAGUUAUCACCAUAAACAAUUCAGUUUUUCUUGAUAUAUUUUUCGUAAUAGUAGAAAUCAUUAAUGGAGAAAGUUAUUAUUCUAUAUAUAAAGAAUCAAGAAAAAAAACGAAAUACAAACUUAAAUAUUAUAAUUCUUGUUCUAUAUAUAUAAUUACGCCCAAUUUACAUUAUGAACAAAAAGAUUUAUGUGGAUUUUUUUUUGUUGAUAUUGAAUUUAUAAACACGAAACAUAUUUCAGAAAAAGGAAAUCUGUAUUACAAUAAUACUAUUGAAAAAAUAAAUUAUAUCCCAAAUUUUAUUAUAGGUUAUGAUAAUUAUUUGUAUUCUAAUUUUUGUUAUAUACCUUUUUAUAAAAGGCAUUCUCUUACUAUUUAUCUACAGGAUAAUUCAAUAAUUAAAAUAAAUUGUUUUACAGAUAAUUAUAUUCAUAUUUAUGUAUUGGAUAAAGAAAAAAAAAUAUAUGAUGGAUAUAAUCAUAUUUAUUUAGAAUCAUUUACAAGAGGAGAAUAUGAAGUUAUUUUUGAAUUUAAUUCAGAAAAUGAUAAAAAUGAAAAUUACUUUUUUUAUUUGCAAAUUUAUAUUUAUCAUUUAAGUUAUCUAGAUAAAUGUAUUUUUAAUGAUACUAAUAACUCAUUAAAUUCUGAUUACUAUUUAAAAGAUGCAUCUGAUUCUUUCUAUGAUCUCAGUUCUUAUAGAGGAUAUUAUGAAAAAGAAAAUUUUGAAAAUAAAAAAAAUUUUUUUUUUUAUGAAAAUCAAAAUUCAUAUUAUCUUUUUAAAAGAAUAUUUCUUUUUCUUUAUCCUAAUAAAAAAACAGUAAAGAGUAUUAAAUUACCUAAUGUUAACAAUUUUUAUUAUAAUACUUUUUUUUUAAAAAUAGAGCUAAUUUUUCAUAAAAAUUUCCUUCCUUAUAAAAUGACACUCGGAGAAAACAAAGAUAAUUUUUUAAUUCAUAGUAGCAAUUCAUAUAAGAAUAAAAUCAUAAUGAUAGUAAAUAUUUUAAAUAAUGACAUUAAUUUGUUUAAAUUGCAUAUAGAAUUAUAUGAAGAUAUAGAUAAAAAUUUAGAAAAUAAUUAUUGUUCUUAUGCUUACUUAAACAUUACCUACAUAAAUGAAAUAGAACGUUCUGAAAUAAUUUUUGAUGAUAUUCUAAAUUAUAAUACAAUUAAAAUGCCAUUGUUACUAAAUAAUAUAUUUUUAAAAAAUUACAAUGCAAAAGAUGAGCAUAUUAAUGAUGAUAAUAAUAGUAAUAAAAUAGAACAUGAAAAGAAUGCAACGAUAUCUUUUAAAAAUCCUAAUUCAUUUAUUUUUAAUCAAUCUAUCAAUUAUUUUUUCCAAAUAAUUAAUAAUAAUACAACCAUUUUAUUGGUAGAAAAUAAUUCCUUUUUUAUUAUUUAUCAUUUUAGAGAAAAUUAUGAUAUUACUUUGAAAAUUUUUAAAUAUUUGAAUAAUGAAAAAUUAGAAAAUGAAGGAAUUAUAUAUGAUGAAAUCAAUAAAGACAUUCCUCCAGAAUCUGAAGAAAUUUUUUCUUUUUCUAAUAAACAUAUAUAUAUAUCUACAUAUUUAGAAAAAGGUGUAUAUAUAUUUAAGUAUGAGAAUAAUUUUGUACCUUUUUUUGUAAAAUUUAGUAUAAUAUGGAAAUAUGAAGACAAAUUAGUGAAAGAACAAAGUUAUCUAAGAAAAGAUAUAUAUGAAAAAAAUUUAAUAAAUUCUAAUGUUAAAGAUGCUUUAUCUUCAUAUGAUUUUAGUAAUAAUAUAUUGAAAAAUGAAAUUUAUUAUUUUUUUGAUAAAGAAUUACAAUGUGAUGAAACUAAAAACACUUUUUAUUAUAACAAAAAUUUAGAUAGUAUAACAUUUUUUCUGGAAGAAAUUAUGAAUAAAAAACUUUUUAAAACUUAUGAAGAUAAUAAUAUGGAAGCUAUUAUAAGAAAUAAUUAUGAAAAUUUGUUAGUUUAUAAAAGAUUUUAUAUUUGUUUAAAUGAUCGAUGGAAUAACAAUUAUAGUAAUGCAAAUAGUUAUAGUACAAAUAAUUCUAGUAAUAAUAAUUAUAAACUUUUUAAUAUGACUAUAGAAGUAUAUUCACAAAUCUAUAUAGAAAUAAAACCUCAUUUUUAUCUUUUUAUAUAUCCAUUUCAUUUAUCAAUAAGAUCGAAGGAUUCUUAUUUUAAAAUUUUCAAUAGAGACAAAAAUUUUAUCACAACUGAUUUAGACAAGGGUGAAUAUGAAAUAUACUUAUCUUUUCCUUCAUCAAAAGAUAUCUAUAUAAAAAAUAUUAUUUUUGAUUUAAUUAUAUUAUUUAUUGUAUUAAAUAAUAAAAUAUUACCAAAUGUGAAUGAAUCAAAUUCUAAUGUGAAUAUCUUGACGAAAAAAUAUGUUCACAAUGAUAACUGCAAGAUAAAUAGUUAUAAGUAUUUAUUUAAUAAAGUAAAUUUAGUAGAUAUAAAUAAAAAUGAUUAUUCUAUAAAUAGAAAUGUAGUUAUUUCUAAAUUUAAAAAUAAAUAUUUUCAAAAUUUUGAUAAAUAUUUUAUUAGUAACUUUCAUCAUGAAAUUUUUUUUACAAUUCCUGAAGAUACGUAUUUUUUAAAAAUUUUCUUUGUUUUUAUUAAUGAGCAUAUAGAAAAUAUAGAUGAAGAAAAUAAAGAAUUUAGCAAUUUUUAUGAUUUUUCAUCUAACUAUAUGAAUCAUUUUUUAAAAAUGCAUAAUACCAUUAGAAUUCGUGUUAUUCUAGAUGAAGAAAAAUUAGGAGAUAUAAAAAAUGAAUUUGAGAAUGAAGAAGAUAAUUCAUAUGUUAAGCCAUUAUAUUCUAAUGAAAAUGAAAAAUAUAUGUUAAAUUUAUAUAAAAUUAAAAAAAAUUUCAAAAUACUCAUACAAUCAAAUAAUGUUGAUUGUAAUUACUUCAAAUUAAUUUUAAUUCUUUAUCCUAUUAAUUUUUAUAAUGAGCUAAAUCACUACAAUGAUUUUCAUUAUAUUGAUAAAUAUUUUAAUGAAAUAUUUGAUACAUUAUCUAAAAAAAUAAAAAAAUAUGAAGGAAUAAUAUUUAAUGAAAAAAAAAUGUCAAAUUAUUCUUACAUAAAUUUAAACACAGAAAUUGUUUUUUUAAGACAUAAUAAUCAUCAAAAUUUUUUUACAUUUCCAUUGAAAAUUGAAGAGAAUUGUUACUUUAAAAUAAAUAUUGGUUAUAAUUUUUCUUUAGUUAGUUUUGAUAUUAAAUUAAUAAAAAAUAAUACAAUUAUUUCUAAUAGUAAUAAAAUGGCAGUAAAUUUAGACAAUUAUACUAUUAAUAUAUUUGAAAAUAUUAGUUUAUACUUAGAAAAAGGAAAUUAUCAAUUAGAAAUUUAUCUAUAUGAUUUAAUUGAAAAUGCUACUGAUUUACAUACUUUUAAUUUUCCUUUUUAUUUAGAACUUCAAAUUAUUGAAUUUAUUAAUGAAAAAAAUAACAAUACAUUUUUAUUAGAUGUUUUUCCUCAUAAUUCCAUAUAUAUUGAUAAAAAUUAUACUUUUUAUAUUGAUCUAAUAUUUUGGGGAAAAACAAAUGAAAAUAUAUAUUUAGAAGACUAUAAAAAAAAUAUUUUAGAAUUAAAGAAUAAGAGAAUAACUAAAUAUAGAAGUAUUGAAGUGUAUAAAAUAACUUUAUUAACAGAAGAAAUGACUCAUAUUGAACAGGAAUUCUCUUUAAAAUUUGAUAAAAAUAUUAAUUUAAAUGAAGAAAUUAAAAAAAAAUUAAAAUUUACUUUUUUAAAUGACGAUAUAAAUCAAGUUGAUAAGAAAAAUUAUAAUGUUGUAAUGAACAAGGAAGAAAAAGCAAAAUUUUUUGAAGAUCAUCAAAUAUAUGAAGAAAGUAAAAAUGAUUCUUUUUUAAUAAAGGUUGAAAAAGAAAAUGUUGAAGAGGAAAAUAAAAAUAACUACUAUUCACACAAACUUACAAAUCAAGAAGGAUUUUAUGAUGUUGAUAAAAUUGUUCUUAAUUAUAGAUUUAAUGAAGAAAAAGAAAAGAAUAAUACAUAUAAUAAUUUUAAUGAAUCAUUGAAUAAUGAAAAUAAUAAUAAACAUCCUUCCUAUAUAGAUUCAUAUAAAAUUUCCUCUACCGAAAAAGAUAACAUUGCUACUUUCAUUUUUAUACUCACUGUUUUUUGUAUAACAUGUGCAUUUAUUUUUCUACUAAUUAAAUUAUAUAAACAUUGGAGAUAUUAUAAAAAUUAUAACAUUAUUAACGGAAAUGAAGAAACAAUUAAUCUUUUUAAUAAUGAUGAUUUAUAA